CAGUUUAUUGCUGCCUUUGAAGUACAGGCCCACAAGCUCCUCUCUUUCUUUAUGUUCACUUGGGUUAAUUUGAGAUCUAGUAGUAGAAUGAAGGAAAAAUCAUUGAUCAUCUUUCUUCUCUUCAUCAUCAUAUUUGCAACACAUCAUGCAUGUGAAAGCAGUUUCAUCCCUAAAACCAAAGAACAAGAAGACCCUAAUAGGUCCCCAAGUUUGAAAGGAAACAGAGAUGGAGGUUACGAAAUUGUUAGCGCCAAAGAGAUGAAACAAAGUGAAGAAGAGUCUCAAGAGGAGGCAAGAUCAUCAAUAACCGGGGUUUCUCAUAUGAAGAGAGGGGUUAUUGGAGCUGCGGAUACUCUUAAACAUCGUAGGAAAUCUAGUGGUGGGUGUGUUGCCCUGUCGUGGAAUCGUUUGUAUGUGACUUGGUGUCUUGUGGUUGUUCUUGCUUUUAUGUUUCUUUCCUAGAAGUUGUUUAAUUUUCAUUAUUGGUUUAUGACUUGAUAUUGGGGAGGUGUUUAAUUCAUCUAUGUUUCUGUUUUUUUCUUUUUGUUUCAACUUUUGUGUUGUAAUUGAUUUUUUUGUUUGUAUGUGUUGUGUUAUGUGAUCAAUAAUUAUGAAAAAAAUUGCAGGUCCAAAUAGCACAAUAUAGUGUUGAUUGUGAAUGUGAGAAUGUUUGGAAAUAUUUGAAAUUUGAGA